AUGGCUAGUGCUGAGCCAGAUCCGCUAAUACCACCAGCAUUCUGCCUCCUGACACUCCUGGUGCGCAGCGUGGUGGUUUUCUUUGUGUGGGUGGACGGGCUCUCGGUUGGGUUGAAGGGUUGUGACCUUGCGUACUGGCUGCAAAGGGUGGUAGAUCGUAGGAUGCAAAGUGCCAUCUUCCACUACGAACUCCUCCACAAAUUGGCUGGGUAUGGCACGGACAACCGAGAACACGAGCUGAAGUUUGCUGCGUCCAAGACAUAA